AUGAGAAGAGACAACUGGGUGACAUCGCAUUUUGCACACCUUUUAACAAUCGUAAUUGCAGCAUCAAACCGUCACAAGGGACGUGAUUAUGCUCUUUCAGCUGGUUCUCAACACCGGUCACUUCCCACUGCUGUAUCUGAAUUAGCGCCACAAAUGCCGCUUUUUCAAGGUGAUACUAAUGAAACUUCAAAUAAUUAG